UUCAAGUGUGCCGACUCAGAGCGGUUUCUCUGGCUUGAAGCUGUAAGCCUAUAAAAGCAAAGCAUAGUUCGACACUUUAGGCAUUGUGCUCUCUCCUUUUUCUCUCUACGCCAUGCAUUCUCAGUCAUCAUGGAUGAUCCUAUUGGCUGUGAUUUGCAUGAUUUUCAUGCAAGUAUCAUUCUCAGCAGAAGGAUUUUCCUCCAGAGAAGAUGAUAAAAUCGUGAGUCUGCCAGGGCAACCACAGAUAAGUUUCCAGCAAUAUGCAGGCUACAUUACCGUUGAUCAAAAACAAAAUAGAGCUCUUUUCUAUUACUUUGUUGAAGCAGAAACUGACCCUGCUUCAAAGCCUCUCGUUCUGUGGUUGAAUGGAGGGCCUGGUUGUUCUUCUGUUGGAGCCGGAGCUUUCUCCGAGCAUGGCCCAUUCAGGCCAAGUGGUGGAGGGAAUCUUGUCACAAAUGAAUUUAGCUGGAAUAAAGAAGCAAAUAUGCUGUAUUUGGAAUCACCAGCUGGGGUUGGUUUCUCUUAUUCUGCUAAUGCAUCUUUCUAUGACUACGUGAAUGACACUAUUACAGAACAAGACAAUUUCAUAUUCCUGUUGCAGUGGUUUGCCAAAUUUCCAGAGUACAAGAACAGAGAUUUCUUCAUUACUGGAGAGAGCUAUGCAGGUCACUAUGUCCCACAACUUGCGAAGCUCAUUGUUCAGUCGGGACUAAAUUUCAGUUUGAAGGGCAUAGCUAUAGGAAACCCUCUCUUGGAGUUUAGUAUUGAUAUGAACUCAGAGGGUGUCUACUACUGGUCUCACAGUUUGAUAUCAGAUGCUACUUAUGAACUUAUCAACUCAGUUUGUAACACCUCACAGCUCUGGAGAGAGCGCAUUAGAGGCUCUCUUUCAGCUGCUUGUAGAGCUGUAAGCGCUCAACUUUCAUCUGAAAUUCCUUUUGAAAUUGAUGAUUACGACGUCACCGCCGAUGUCUGUGUGUCGUCUGGGCAAUCACGUUCACAAUCCCAACUCCACAAACAUCCCUUGAGACCAAAAUUUCAAUUUUCUCUUCAGGAAGGUUCCAAUCAGCCUGAAGCUUCAGAGAACAUUGAUCUAUGUGUACAAGAAAAGAGUUAUGAAUACUUGAACAGGAAGGAUGUGCAAGAAGCUCUUCAUGCCCAGCUUGUUGGAAUCAGCAGUUGGAGUUUCUGCAGCCAAGUAAUCAAUUAUGAUGGGCAAAACUUAGAGAUACCUACUAUUGGUGUUGUGGGUUCACUGGUCAGUUCAGGCAUCAGGGUUCUAGUGUACAGUGGAGAUCAAGACUCAGUUAUUCCAUUUUCUGGGACAAGGACUUUGGUUAAUGGGUUGGCAAAGUACCUGAAAUUGAACUCAACCAAGACUUACAGACCAUGGUUUGAAGAUAAACAGGUUGGUGGAUGGACACAAAUUUAUGGAGACAUCCUAACUUUUACAACUAUUAGAGGUGGAUCCCACAUGGCACCCUUUUCAUCACCCAAGAGAUCACUAGCAUUGUUUAAAGCAUUUUUAGCUGGCAAUCCUCUUGCCUAAUUAACUAGAAGGAUGAAGAUUUCUAGAAGUGAAUUAAGUGUCCUUGUUAUUUUCUUUCUUUCUUUUUGGAAUAAAAGGAUUUUAAAUGCCUAA